AUGGGUUUUAACCAACGACUCAACAGAAUUGUACAUGAUACAAUUUUUACUCGUGAUCUAUGUUUUCUAGAAUGUUUACCAGACAAUAAAAUUAGCUCUCCAUUAUCAGAUCCGAUACUUGAUCGAUUUUGUUCAGAAAUUUUACCUGAAAUUGGGCACCGAAUUAAAGCUCUUUAUCUUGAACGAACAACAAUGGAACGUAUUCUUCAUGCUACAAAUUAUCCUAAUUUAAAUAACCUUAGUUUAUGUCAUAUCGACUCCGAAGUAGCUAUGUCUCUAUUUGAUGGCAAGAGAUUUUCUUUGAUAAAUUUUAUUCUAGAAUUGGAUAUUCACAGUUAA